AUGUCCUUAUUGUUGUUAACUUUUGCAAGAACUUUUUAUUUAUUAAAACCAUUAUUGUAUUUUACUGAGUCGACAUGAGCCUAUAAAUAAGUAACUAACAUAGAUCUUAACUACUGCUAAUCAGUUGAUUGCACAACUUCAUUAUGUAUGAAUUGGACGAAGACCAAUAUGAAGAUGAAGAAGCAGAAGAGAUCUCUAGUGAACUGUGGCAGGAAGCCUGUUGGAUUGUUAUUAAUGCAUAUUUUGAUGAGAAAGGUCUUGUACGACAGCAGUUGGACUCGUUUGACGAGUUUAUUCAGAUGUCUGUACAAAGAAUCGUUGAAGAUUCUCCCCAAAUAGACUUGCAAGCGGAGGCACAACACACAACUGGUGAAAUUGAAACACCUCCUCGAUACUUAUUGAAGUUUGAACAAAUUUAUCUUUCAAAACCAACUCACUGGGAAAAAGAUGGUUCGCCUUCACCUAUGAUGCCUAAUGAAGCUCGACUCCGCAAUCUCACCUAUUCAGCACCUCUUUACGUUGACAUUACAAAAACAAUUGUGAAAGAAGGAGAAGAUCCUAUUGAGACACAACAUCAAAAGUCUUUUAUUGGCAAAAUACCUAUAAUGCUUAGAUCAACAUACUGUUUACUGAAUGGUCUAACAGAUCGAGAUUUGACAGAGUUGAAUGAAUGCCCAUUAGAUCCAGGUGGCUACUUCAUCAUAAACGGAUCAGAAAAGGUAUUGAUAGCCCAGGAGAAGAUGGCUACAAACACAGUGUAUGUGUUCAGUAUGAAAGACGGCAAGUUUGCAUACAAAGCUGAGAUCCGGUCAUGCCUAGAACACUCCUCCAGACCAACGUCCACUCUCUGGGUUAACAUGAUGGCCAGGGGAGGACAGAGCAUUAAAAAGUCAGCCAUUGGUCAGCGUAUCAUAGCAAUCCUGCCCUACAUCAAACAGGAGAUCCCCAUCAUGAUUGUGUUCAGAGCCCUGGGAUUUGUGGCUGACAGGGAUAUUCUGGAACACAUCAUCUACGACUUUGAUGACCCUGAGAUGAUGGAAAUGGUAAAGCCCUCUUUAGAUGAAGCCUUUGUCAUCCAAGAACAGAACGUUGCAUUGAACUUCAUUGGAGCAAGAGGCGCAAGACCCGGUGUGACCAAAGAAAAACGUAUAAAGUAUGCUAGGGAAAUUUUGCAGAAAGAAAUGCUUCCCCAUGUCGGAGUGUCUGACUUUUGUGAAACGAAAAAAGCUUACUUUUUAGGGUACAUGGUACACAGACUCUUGUUAGCAGCCCUUGGUCGCAGAGAGCUCGAUGACAGAGAUCACUACGGCAACAAACGUCUAGACUUAGCUGGACCUCUUCUUGCAUUCCUGUUCAGAGGGCUGUUCAAGAAUUUAAUGAAAGAAGUGCGGAUGUAUGCUCAAAAGUUUAUUGACAGAGGAAAAGACUUCAACUUGGAACUCGCUAUCAAGACAAAGAUAAUUACAGAUGGUUUGAGGUAUUCCCUGGCCACAGGUAACUGGGGAGAUCAGAAGAAGGCUCAUCAGGCCCGAGCUGGGGUGUCUCAGGUGUUGAAUCGAUUGACUUUCGCCUCUACCUUGUCUCACUUGCGUCGUGUAAACUCUCCCAUUGGUCGAGAUGGUAAACUGGCCAAGCCUCGCCAGCUGCAUAAUACUCUGUGGGGCAUGAUCUGUCCUGCUGAGACUCCAGAAGGUGCUGCUGUAGGUCUGGUCAAGAACUUGGCACUGAUGGCUUACAUAUCCGUCGGCUCCCAGCCAUCACCCAUCCUGGAGUUCUUGGAAGAGUGGAGCAUGGAGAACUUGGAGGAGAUCGCGCCUUCCGCCAUAGCUGAUGCUACCAAAAUAUUUGUAAAUGGAUGUUGGGUGGGAAUACACAGAGACCCUGAACAGCUGAUGGGAACCUUACGCAAGCUGAGGCGACAGAUGGACAUCAUUGUCAGUGAGGUGUCCAUCAUCCGAGACAUCCGUGACAGGGAGAUCAGGAUAUACACAGACGCUGGGCGCAUCUGUCGACCACUGCUCAUUGUGGAGAACGGACAGUUGCUGCUGAAGAAACGUCACAUAGACAACCUCAAGGAGCGGGACUACAACAAUUAUGGGUGGCAAGUGCUGGUGUCCAGUGGUGUGGUGGAGUACAUUGAUACUCUGGAGGAGGAGACCACCAUGAUAGCCAUGACACCACAGGACCUACAGCAGGAGAAGGAGUACGCCUACUGUACAUCCUACACUCACUGUGAGAUCCACCCUGCGAUGAUACUGGGAGUUUGCGCCUCCAUCAUCCCCUUCCCUGACCACAACCAAUCCCCUAGGAACACCUACCAGAGCGCUAUGGGUAAACAAGCCAUGGGAGUGUACAUCACCAACUAUCACGUGCGGAUGGACACCCUGGCUCACGUGCUGUACUACCCUCACAAGCCACUAGUCACCACCAGGUCCAUGGAGUAUCUGAGGUUCCGAGAGCUCCCUGCAGGCAUCAACUCUGUGGUGGCCAUUCUCUGCUACACGGGCUACAACCAGGAGGACAGUGUCAUCUUGAAUGCAUCUGCCGUUGAGAGAGGCUUCUUUAGGUCUGUCUUUUUCCGAUCAUACAAAGAUGCGGAAUCUAAACGAAUUGGAGAUCAAGAAGAACAGUUUGAGAAACCUACAAGACAAACAUGCCAGGGCAUGCGUAAUGCUAUCUAUGACAAGCUAGAUGAUGAUGGCAUCAUUGCUCCUGGACUGCGUGUGUCUGGAGAUGACGUGGUCAUCGGCAAGACGAUGACACUUCCAGACAACGAGGAUGAGUUGGAAGGAACUACAAAACGCUUCACCAAGAGAGACGCCAGCACGUUCCUGCGUAACAGUGAGACAGGUAUUGUCGACCAAGUGAUGCUGACUCUCAACUCUGAGGGCUACAAGUUCUGUAAGAUCAGAGUGAGGUCGGUGCGCAUCCCUCAAAUCGGGGACAAGUUUGCAUCAAGACACGGACAGAAAGGAACCUGUGGUAUCCAGUAUCGUCAAGAGGACAUGCCUUUUACCUGUGAAGGCAUUACUCCAGACAUCAUUAUCAACCCCCACGCUAUCCCUUCUCGAAUGACAAUUGGCCAUUUAAUUGAGUGUCUUCAGGGAAAGGUAUCCUCAAACAAGGGAGAGAUCGGUGAUGCUACGCCUUUCAACGACGCUGUGAACGUGCAGAAGAUCUCAACGUUGCUGCAGGAGUACGGCUACCAGCUGAGAGGCAACGAGGUUAUGUACAACGGCCACACGGGGCGCAAGAUCAAUGCGCAGGUGUUCAUUGGGCCGACGUACUACCAGAGACUCAAGCACAUGGUGGACGACAAGAUUCACUCUCGCGCGCGAGGACCUGUGCAGAUCCUGGUGCGACAACCCAUGGAGGGCAGAGCUAGAGAUGGAGGUCUCCGGUUCGGAGAAAUGGAGCGAGACUGUCAGAUUGCACACGGAGCUGCUCAGUUCUUGAGGGAGCGUCUGUUUGAAGUGUCAGAUCCGUACAGAAUCCAUGUGUGCAACUUCUGCGGCCUGAUUGCCAUUGCCAACCUGAGAAACAACACCUUUGAAUGCAAGGGCUGUAAGAAUAAAACACAGAUUUCCCAAGUGAGACUACCAUAUGCAGCUAAACUGUUGUUCCAAGAACUCAUGUCCAUGAACAUAGCUCCUCGACUGAUGGUUAUCUGAAGUGACUGAAGCAUCAGCUGUAUUUGUUGACAAAGCAUUGUAAUUGGUCUUGUAUUUUUUUUAAUUGAUCGAUUUAUUUUAGAUAUAAGAAACUUUUUAAAUAAAAUUAUUUAAAAAAA